AUGGGCAUACUUAGCUCAGCAAGACUCGCCCUGCUACAAGCAAUAGGCCUGGUCGCACUCGCAUCAUCAUCACCACCACCACAAUCCCAUCCAUCAAUCCCAACAACAGACUCCAUAUCCUCCAGCUCGACAGACCUCACCAAACGCCACCUCUCCUACACAACACUCAACACCUACCGCAAAGCCCACGGCAUAAUCAUGGCCCUCUGCUUCGCCGUGCUCUUCCCCGCCUUCGCACUAACACUCUACAUGGUGCCCUACUCCAAGACCGCCUCGCGCAUCCACGCCCCGCUGCAGCUGCUCACGCUCGCGCUCGCUAUUACCGGCCUGGGCCUGGGCAUCCAGAUCGCGCAGUCGUUCCAUCUUUUGCACGAGGAGCACCCUGUCAUCGGCCUCGUUGUUGUCGUGUACAUGGUUGCUUGUCAGCCGCUGAUGGGGUAUUUGCAGCAUCGGCAUUUUGUGAAGCGGCGCAAUAGCAGCGUAUUUGGGCAUUUACAUCGCUGGAUUGGGCGCGCGAUGCUCGUCCUUGGUGUCGUCAAUGGUGGGUUGGGGUUGAAGAUAGCUAGGAAGGAGGCCGGGGACCAGGGCGCUUCUCGAGGAGUGGUGAUUGCGUACGGAGUCGUCGCUGGCGUCGUGGGUGUUGUUUAUCUGGUUGUUGUCUUGGGAAGCAACUUUGUCAAGUCGAGGAGGUCGGCUGGUAGUAAGGAGAAGCAUACUGCUUCGUCGGCGUGA